AUGACAUACAGCCCUUCUUGUUCAGUUUAUUCAUAUAUGUUUCUUUUUCUAGAUGACUGUAGAACGGUUGAGUUCAAAGAGAGGGAAGCAAAUAAAGCUCUUAUCAAACACGUCAUAAGAAGUGAACUAGUACUCAGCGAAGACGUUUGUGAAAUAAAAUGCUUCCUAGAACCAAAUUGCGUGUCCUUCAACUACGGUUUAUUGGGUGAUGGAGCUUUCAAAUGCGAGCUGAACAACAGAACUCACUUCCAGGUCUCUCCCAGUUACCAAAAGGAUAGAAAAGAAUUCUUCUACAGAGCAAUGAUUGUGAGUAAAUACCCAGACUACAUCCACAACAGAUGGUUACGAGUUUUAAUUCGAUAUUAAUCGACAAAAACUUUCUCUUCAGAACCCUUGUGAGAGCAGCCCGUGCCCAAGUCAUUACGUAUGUCAAGCGGGGUUUGGUAUCCAUGGAUAUCGUUGUGUUUGUCCUUAUAGAUAUCAAGGUGUUCAAAAUCAAGAAGGUGAGGAGACAAUGAGAUGAUGAGUUAGAUAAACAUAGAUCUAAGCAAAUUCUAGAAAACUGAUUUUGCUUUACGAUGUAAUUCUUUAAAGCGACCACUGAAACGUUUUCCCUUCAAAACUUACUAUAGCAUACCUUAACUAACACAGAAUUGUUGUUUUCUGGAAUCAUUUUCAAAGAGAUCCAUCUAGCUCUACGCAGUCUUCUCGCAGACCUAUACGCCGAAAAUGUGCGAGUGCUAACAGACAAGGAGUUACGUUCUUUUUUAAGUACCUUGAGUUUUCGUGCUCUUCAAAACUACGGACUGUCUUUACAGUAGAAAUUAUGAAUACCUCCGUUACUUUGUUCUAAUUUUCUCAAUAAAAACUCUCCUACAGAUAACUGGAAAAAGGUCAACAUCGAUCCUGUCUGUUUUGGGACAAAAGAUGACGACCACGGAACUUUUCGUAUCCAAGAAGCCGGUCAAAUCUACACUUUUAAACUUGUCCAUACAAGUGGCUCCGUGACAUGCGACACUUCAACAACAUCAACAAAGUGGGGAUGCUCAUUGUCAACUUACAAAAAUCACAACUUAAUGACGGUGAUAACUUACAGCAACAAAACAGUUCUUCCGCUUGCUGAGUUCUUGAAAGGCAGCGGCGGUAAAUACUACACUUACCAACUUGACGGUGCUGAUGUCAACUCCGCAACUCUAGUGUUCAAGUUCCUCCCCACCCCACUGGUUGUAUUGGUUGGUCAGCAGUUCCAAUUAUGGUAUGCGCAUGACUUGGUUAAUUAUACAGAGAAUAAUAACGAUGGUAAGACAUGCGUAGACGUUUAUGCCCUGUACCGUUCACCAUGUUGAACAGUUGCGACAACUACAGAUGACUUCAGGCGAAGUACUUUGCUGAAUCACAACCAGAAAACAAUCGGAGAGCGGGUGGUACUUAUUUUCCCUGCGGCUAAAGCUUAUGAAUUUGCAUUUCUUUAAUGAUAAUGAUUUGAAAAUGAACUUUAGCUCCCGGAGCUCUUCAAAACUUCAAUAAAUGACAAUCUCUUCCAUCAGCUUUUCUUUAAGAUAGCUCAAAUUUAAAACUGUUGAGUUUCAUUUUAUGCCGUGUUUCUGUUUUUCAUUAUCUUUAGAGUGAAUUUGAGUCUAGAAAUCGCACUUUGAAUAGCUUGUAUUUAAGUUUAUCUUUAGUAAACAAACAACUGAACUUAUGGAAAUUUUGAUUGGCAGUAAGAGGUGAUUGGGGUACCCCGUUGGUUUAAACAGUUAAGAAAAGUGUCCUACGGUAGUUGUUAUAUGUGUUUGUAGCGUCUUGAAGAUACAUGACGGGAUGGCGGUACGUUCGUGAUAGAAAUGAUUAUUAAACCGUUUAACCAUCCUACAAAAUUAGUCCCGAAUAAUUUCGGUAACCAAAGACUCUGCUUUUUUUUGUGGGCGGCUGGCACAUAAAAUUUUCAGCUUUAAAGCAAUGUCGACAGGGUGUCCUUGUGAUAUAUUGUCAAUAAAAUUUUGUUUCCUUUGGCAUUGUGGUAUUUCAUCUUUUUUUUCCUUUUUUACGAGGCAGGACAUCAGUCUCUUUCAUGACACCAAGGCGAUAUAUUUGAGUUAAGAUGAGAAAAAAAUGGUCACUCUUGAGGUAAACAAACGUCAGGUGCAAACUUGAGCCUUGUAAGUGUAUCACCAACCCAAUCUACAUUGAUAAUUUUCUAUGUGAUUGACAUCAAGUGGAUUCACUUUAAUUAUAUUCAAUUUUACCCUCCUUCUUAUUUGAAUUUGGUUAUUUAGAGGCAAAGGUGUUCAAGUUUGGGUUUAUCACUUGAAAUAUUUUAGCUUAAAAAAUUGUUGAUGGUUUUUUCAAUUUUCAUUUCCACAAAAUUAAAUCUACUGCUAUUCAGCAUGUUCUGUGUUUCAAGUAUUUCCUUAAGCUUUCAUCGAAUCGUUGAACAAUUCCUAUUUAAUUAAAAUAAAGUUACAUGCCUCCUCGCACGUCUUUGUCUUGGAGCUUUUUGAAGCGGUUCAACCUUUUAUUAUAAUGAUCCUUCAAUAAAUUGAUUUGCAGUUGAACGCACUCGACAGAUUUUCAAUUUCAUUUAAUGCAAACAUUUAAUUGGUAACACUGAAAAACCUCUUGCGUUAGGCAAUCUUCGGCAAACGAUUAAUUAGUUAUUUACAAAGGCCAGCAUCACGCAUUGAAGUUAUUUUUUUCUCUUACAGUUUUUCUGUAAUUCUUAAGACUCAAUGUUUUGUUUUCAAAUUAAGUUAGGCCAUGUGAAUGUUCAAGUGACGUAUUCGUAAAUGUUAAAAAAUAAAAUUCUAUAACUUCGAAGGGUGCUGAUCUCACGUCUACCGCUUACAUUAAUAAUUACUUUCCUCUUUUAUGAUUCUGCAAUUCGCUGUAUUGUUUUGAGUGUUGAAAUAUUAGGUCUCGUUGCAUUUACAAGAGAGACCAGCGUUUCAUUUAGCUCGCUAGAGCUAGCUGAAGGGUGUUCUCACUACGGACAAUAUGGUACUGCUCUCACCUGCCGUUAGUGAUCCUUCAAUGAGUAAGGUCCUAACUUUUCUAUGGAUUUUUCGUUUUGGUGUACUGGUGCAUGGAGGUAAGUGACUCCUGCCAAAAGCUGACAUCGCUGACACUUUAAUCUGUUAUCACUGUUGUAUUCGUGAUCAGAUUCAUAUCCUUGUGUUAUGGUACAAAAGAAAGUAAGUGUGUGAAAAGAGAAAACUCAUUAAGUUAACUUUAAAUCUAUUCAUGGUAAUGAUGUGAAAUUUCGAAUUCUUAAAGUAAAUAUGGCAGAAAUGGGAUAUUGCAAGAUAGCACGUUAUUGCAAAACUACCCUGUUUACAAUGCCGUGAUCUUAGUUGGGCGUAACAGAAAAGAUCUGUUGGUAAAAUUAUUGCUGAUUCAAGGCGACAUUGGUCUAUAUAUGAUUUGUCCACAAUUUUUGAGUUGCUGAUGUCCGAUUAUUAUAUAUAAUAAAUGGAACGGAAAAAAAAGACACUGAUGAAGACGUUGAAAGCUAAAAGGGGUAAUAAUAUAGACUUGCUAUCGUGAAGAAUUUCUAAAGCUGGCGUUCCAGAGCGAAGCGCUCACGGUUAUUGAGUUAUACCCCCACCGAUGCAGCGUUACAGUUUCCUUAGAAACCUACCCCCCUCAUUUGAAAACCAGAUCCUAAUUAAAAUCACAAUGGUGAACAUCAAUCUUGUUCUUCAAUGCCAUUGGUAAAUGAAAAAAAUGAUUCUCCGAAAAAGCAACUUUUCUGUUAAGAUGAAUAUGAUACCUUGAAUUCAAGUGUCAGGCUAUUCAGCUUAGUCAGUCAACUAAAGAAAACAGAGGAAAGGCUUAUCACCUGCCUUUUUUUCGAGGAUGAAAGAGCAUAGCAAAUAUCCGUGUUUUUUUUUUUUUUUUUUUUCGUCGAGCGGCAAAUCAAGAGUUAUAUAUAUAGUUUCUCUGGCAUUCAUGGAACAACUUUAAACCAAUAUUGUGAUAAAACUUAGGUUGUCGGCUUCCUUUAAGUUUGUGUGCCGUUUGAUUUCAUUUUCUCAUUGAAUUCUUCAUUUCUUGCCAAAACUUUAGAUGAUUGCCGAGUGAUUCAGUUCAAAGCAGGAACGAAAAACAAGAUCUUAACAAAACACGUCAUAAGAAGAGAACAAGCAAAGGACAAGGAUAUCUGCGAGUUGAAAUGCUUCUUUGAACCAAACUGUGUGUCCUAUAACUAUGGUCCGCUGGGAGAUGGAACAUUCACAUGCCAGCUAAGCAACAGAACUCAUUUGCAAGUCUCUCCCAGUUACUUCGAAUAUAGGAACGGCUCUUUAUACAGAGCAAUCAUUGUAAGUAAAUAACAAUAACAAUUUUACCAGGGUGAUCGUUCCGCGAGCGAGAAACCUCUGUUUCAAGUUGAUCCGCCUCGUUUAUUUAUUUACUCACUUUAUUAUUUAUCCCUCUAAAUAUUCAGUUUAGUUAAUUACUCAUCUAAGCUUUAUCUAUCUAAUUACUUGAUUCAUCUUUUGCAUUUUAGAAUUCCUGUGAGAGCAAUCCGUGCGUUAGUAACUCUACAUGUCAGGCGGGGUUUGGUAGUCAUGGUUACCGCUGUAUUUGUUCUGACGGAUAUGAAGGAGAGCUUUGCCAAAUAGGUGAGAAAGGAAACUCCUCGCGAUAGCAGGUCUUCAUCUCCCAGGUUCAUAGUUAAAGUUACGCAAUAAAGCUGCAAAUAAAGUAGCCUCUCAGCAAGGAAAGUUUUGAAUCCUCAUCUGCUUAAUCAAUACAGCCUUAAUAUCUGCAUCAAAGGAUAUCUCCGCCAUAAGGCAAGGGGCAAGUUAGAUUCGUUCAGUAUGUGCUCUCUUAAAAGCUAGAAGUUGUCAGAUGGAUUGAAACUCCAGGGUUGUGACAACUGGAGACGUCGUUAUAAGAUGUUCUUCUGCAGCAAUAACCGAGAGGUGAUAUAAAGUAUUUCUGUCGUGAUGUGAUAAAUCAUAGAUAAUAGAUCUUAAAGAAAAACGAGAAAGUAAGAGAACAUCGGAAUAGGAAUGGGUGAUAUGAAGGGAAAACUGCCUCAUGUUGUCAACUAUGGAUAUUUGAUGCAAGGGCAAGAACAGAAAUGAAACGAAUAAAAGUAUAAGUUUCGUGCUGAAAGCAAAUAGUUCAGUGGAAUUUUGGAAUAACUGACAGAAAUAAUUGAUUAAUACCAUGGAGAUGAACUUUAGAUGAAAAAUAUCUAUUUCAAAAUAAGGAAUAUGUUUUUUUUCAUCUUCCUUUAAUCUUGAAUAGAUAUUGACGAAUGUGUCUAAGGCAAGGUGAAGUGUUCCUCUGAUGGCAGUUGUGUUAAUGUUAUGGGCUUAUACAUCUUACUUCUCCGUCUCUUGUAACUCGUGUGUAGAUACUGAUGAGUGUACAUCGAGCAAACACGAUUGUUCCUCUGACAGCGACUGUGUUAAUGUCGUGGGUUCAUAUCAGUGCUCUUGCAAGCCUGGAUUUACUGGCGAUGGUAAAAUUUGCCAAGGUAACAUUUAUUUUAUAUAAAAGUGCAAAGCUGUUGUUUACCCUCUUCACCGCUCUUGCAAGACAGAAAUAACUGAUGUGAUUCGCAGGGUCAAUUGUCCUUAAAAUUACUGCUAAAAAAGGGGUUUACAUGUUAACGUAACAGAAAAGGCUGCCUCCACAUCAUAAUCAGUAAAAUUGCUUUUUUAACCAUAUUUAAAAUAUACAGAACGAUUCCGAACUUCUGGCAAACCUGUGAAUUCACGACCUCAGCAUGUUACACUUUUCAGUAGAUUCUGGGAAACGCCAAAAAAACAACCCCACCUCUUCUGAUAAUUUCCCUACAUCUUGAUUAGUCUCAUUUUCCAUUUCUACUUAGAUAUCGAUGAGUGUAACGAUGCAAGCCAUGACUGUCACUUUGCGGCCGAUUGUACAAACACCGCUGGAUCAUUCGACUGCAGCUGUCAGUCUGGACACCUUGGAGAUGGACGGCACUUUUGCUCAGGUAUAUCUUGAUCUUUCACCCAAAACAAACAAAUGUGAGUGAGUAGAGUGGUUUGAACAUAACCACAGUUAUUUCUUUAAUUACUUUCCUCAAAUACAUCAAUUUAUUUUGCGUUACCGUUUCUAAGACACGAAAACCUAAGGCUUUCUUUGAAACCUGACAAACUUUUAACAGAUAACUGGAAAAAGGUCAACCUCGAUCCUGUCUGUUUUGGGACAAAAGAUGACGACCACGGAAUUUUUCGUAUCCAAGAAGCCGGUCAAAUCUACACAUUUAAACUUGUCCAUACAAGUGGCGCCGUGACAUGCGACACUUCAACAACAUCAACAAAGUGGGGAUGCUCAUUCCCAACUUACGAAAAUCACAACUUAAUGACGAUGAUAACUUGCAGCAACAAAACAGUUCUUCCGCUUGCUGAGUUCUUGAAAGGCAGCGACCGUAAAUACUACACUUACCAACUUGACGGUGCCGAUGUCAACUCCACAACACUAGUGUUCAAGCUCCUCCCCACCCCACUGGUUGUAUUGGUUGGUCAGCAGUUCCAAUUAUGGUAUGCGCAUGACUUGGUUAAUUAUACUGAGUAUAAUAACGAUGGUAAGACAUGCGCAGACGUUUAUGCUCUGUACCAUUGA